UGUGGUUUUAUUUCUAUAAAAAACUAGAACCACGACAAGUAUUUUGGAAUGGAAGGAGUAGUUAUGUAUUUGGAUUAGAUGUGACUUGUAGUUCUAGGUAGAGAAUUCAGUCAUAAAGCUAGAUAUUUUGUCUGUAACUUAAAUAGAGGAGAAGGCAGGAAGGCACCAGAAGGGGACGCAGUCACCGCCCUAGGUGCCGACCCAUCAGAGAUGCAGUUGAUGAUGGCGCAGCGUAGAAGACGACAGAAGCACAAGAGUUCAAAUUCAGUCGUCAUCGUCCGCUUCACUCCCGCUAAGACUGAGGGGGAAUGUUAGAAGUAUAAUUAUGUUUAUUAAGUUAGAGAUUAGGAGUUAGAGGUAUGAUUGGUUUAAACCAUGUACGACUUGUCCCCUACUUCAAGUCUCUCUCUCAUAUUGUGCUCUAUAUAGAUAUCUCACACCUGGGUCAGAUCAGCACAACACAAAAACAAUAUUCUAGGCGUCCAAUAUAAUAUAUUUUCUACAUAACUCUAGUAUAGUUUUGUUAGAAACCUCGAGUGAUCUAAAAGUAGUAGCAUGCCUUAUGCUUUCUAGUUUCCAGCAAUAUAUCGUCGGAUUAGUAGCAAAAUCCUAACUGCGGGUGCCAGAGUGCAUGUACAAAUGUAGAACAGCUCAACCACCUCUUUCAUCAUUCCUUUGGGGCUCAAAACAACGUGGGAUCCAAGCCAGCAUGCAUGGUGGUGUGAUUUCCUCUAUAUAUACCCCCAUCUUUCAUUCCUUUGGGGCUCAUUCUCAUUGCAAUCACUUAGACACCACACACACACACUCUCCAUGCAUGCAUGAUCCUGCAAGCAAGCAAUUGCAAGCAGCAGAGGAUCUAUCAAGAAUUAAUGCCUAUGCAGCUGUGUCAUCCUUGCCUUGCUGUGUAUGGCAUUCUUUUGCUUCUUUGUUGGCCAUUCGCUUGUGCCCAUGCUUAUGCAUCUCAGAGCCGGCUUGUCCCUGGCAAGCCGCUCUCCCCUGGGAGUGUCGUCGUCUCCCAAGAUGGGGUGUUUGCCCUGGGAUUCUUCUCCACCGAUGGGGAUGGGGAGAAGCGGCAGCGCCACUAUGUGGGCAUAUGGUACAACAGCAUCCCGGAGCGCACCGUGGUAUGGGUUUCUAACCGUGCGGCGCCCAUCACCACUAACCUUUCCUCUGCAAAUCUUGCGGUGACCAGCAGCUCCGGCAUAGUGCUGUCUGAUAGCGAUGGCCGUGCCGUGUGGACAACCAACAAGAGCAUCAGCAUCAGCGCGAGCGCGAGCGCGAGCACGGUGGAAGCAGUGUUGGACAACACCGACAACUUCAUCCUUCGGUCGUUGGCCGACAGUGCCAUACUAUGGCAAAGCUUCGACCACCCUACCGACACCCUCCUCCCCGGCAUGAACCUGAGGCUGAGCCACAAGACGCUCCCACUGCAGCACCUCGUGUCGUGGAAAGGGCAGCAGGACCCAUCCCCCGGCGAGUUCUCGUACGGCGCGGACCCUAGCAACCUCCUCCGGUGCUUCGCCUGGAACGGGUCGAGGCCACACCGGCGAAGCCCGGUGUGGACAAGCCACCUCUACAUGGGCGGAUUCAACGAGUCGGCCAUUUACAUGGCCUUGCAUCACGCCGGCGACGAGGUGUACAUGUCCUUCGGCAUGCCGGCUGGCUCCUUCGUCCAGCUGGUGAGGUUGGAGAUCGACUACUCAGGCAAGGUAAAUAUACUAAGCUGGCAGAGCAACAUGUCCGCAUGGAGGGCCCUGUACGCAGAGCCUCAACAUGAGUGCAAUACGUACGGCUACUGCGGUCCUUAUGGUUACUGCGACAACACACAAAUCGUCCCGGUUUGCAAGUGCCUUGACGGUUUUGAACCGAGGGAUGCUAAAGGAUGGAUCUCCGGUAGCUUCUCACAGGGAUGCCGCCCCAAGGAGGUGCCAAGGUGCACCCAUGGAGACAGUUUCUUGGCCUUUCCGGGCAUGAAGGUCCCGGACAAGUUCCUUCGUGUCCCGAGCAGAAGCUUUGAUGAGUGCACCGAGGAAUGCAGAAGCAAUUGCUCCUGCGUGGCAUAUGCUUACUCCAAGAUGAGCAACAUAGAUAUUGACGGGGAUGACACAAGAUGCCUGUUAUGGAUAGGCGAUUUUAUCGACAUGGAGAACAACCAUCAAGGAGGGGAGAACCUCUAUGUUCGGACUAAAAGAUUGCAAGGUAUGCAUCACUCCACUUUCUCUGCUUGCUUAUGUUUUACUGUGUGUAAGAUUGAAGAUAACAACAAGCCUCCCAUCGUGCUCAUUGAAAGUUAUGAGCACCAAGCUGUUUACUUCAAUAGAUGA